ACACCCCUAACUAUUAUAUCCAUAUAUAUUUCCUAAAAUCAAAAAGUUUUCAUCCAUUUCAAAAACACAAAUUAUCCAAUGACCACAGGUAUCCCUAACAGUUGUUAAGAUCUUCCCAGGAAAGUUAUACAGAAGUAUAGCAACACCUGCUGACCUAUUUGAGCCAUGAGAAAAAAGUAUUUUAUCUCCCCAUUGGUUUGACCAGAAUUUUUCAUCUAAAUCAACAGAAUGGGUUUCUUGAAGAAGAAAACACUGAGCUCUUUCAUUUUUACAAAAAAGGAAAAUUGAUUUUCUUUUAACAAAAUCUCUUAGACCCCUAGUGUUAAGUGAAACAAAAGAGAACAUCUGAUCAUGAGAAAACAUAGAGAAAUAAGAAAUAACAAUAGAACAAAAUUAGUGUAGUGAUUCUUUUUUUUUCCUUCUCUUUUUAGAGUUAAGUACAAACCCCUUUCAAACAUUAAGUGCAGGCAGAUUGAGUAUAACAGUUUUUCCUUUUGCUAUUUUUUCCCUCUUUUUCUCUUUUACACUUAAGAAACUAACUUAGCCUACUCAUACUUGAAGAACAUUGGUUAAAAGCUUAUCCAACCAUUUGAACGUUUCCCCCUGUAGACCUUAUAACGUAAAGAUAUCUAAAUGAAAAUGAAAAAAAAAAAAAAGGGAUUUAAAAGUGCUGCUGUAGACAAUAAGGGAAUUAUUUACCCACUUUUUUAUCCUCCAAAUUAAUUAAAGCAAACUUAGUGUAGCAACAUCACUUAACUAGCAACGUACAAUUAAAACAACUUUAAGGUUGGAGGAGAAUCUAUUAACGUAAAGACUUUGAAGCUUCGAACCUGUUAGAGUGAGAGCUAAGUGACCUGCUUAGGCCUGAAACACAGUCUAAUCCAUAGUAACCCUUUUACCGUUGAUGUAUCCCACAUGUCCUCUGUAGUAAACGUUUUGUCCUGCUGCCCUGGCUUGCUCCAUCUUCGGCCAUGCAGCGGCACGAGCUUCUCGGUCAGCUUUACAAAAGUCUUGUUUGAAGUGAAUCCCCAAGUCUUUGCAGAGCCUCGAAUUUUUCGAUAACUUCCAGAAGGAAUCCCUGUGGAAUCGCAUGGUGAACUGGAUGAUAGUUUGACGAUCUUUCCCUUCUUCUUUUCUCCCGAUGCGGUGAACAGCAUCAACAAUCGAUUCCAUCGACGUCUCCCAUUGUGGCGCUAACUUGGACAGGAUGCUCAUGACAACGUCUCGGAUUCAUUAUGAAUAUACCUGCAUCCCCACCCCCCAAAUACGAUGACAUCCAUCUUAAUGAGGAGAUUCCCGCUACACCGCCACCCUCAUAUGCCACAGCUACAGCGCCACCUGCCUACAGGGAGACAGAUAAUUUUCAAGAGAUUCCUCAGAUUCCUCAAAACCCUAAUAGGAGGGCAAACCCUUAUCCUGUCCUCAAUAUGCCACCUCAAAUAGCAAUGGUGAGACAAGAACAAAUGUUCGUGCAGCAGCAGGUGAGGACUGUAGCCCCUCAGGUGAUCGUGGUGCAGCCACAGAGGGUUGUUGUUUUGGGCGACACACCAACAGCGACUGUGUGCCGGUUCUGCCGUAAGAGCAUCAUCACAAAGGUGGAAUAUAAACCCGGUUGUGCUGCAUGGGGCAUGUGCCUCUUAUUAACUGUACUUGGGCUCAUCUGUGGAUUUUGCCUCAUCCCAUUCUGUGUCAGGGGGUUUCAAGAUGCCCAUCACACCUGUCCUUACUGCCACAGGCACUUAGGAAUAUAUGUCCGCAAAUGACUUUCACAUUCAACAUUAUGAUCUAUAAUCACAAGCCAAAAACAUUACAGAACAUAUACCACUAAUUUAAAUCAUUAAAACAAUUAUAAUGCAAAACAUAUUUGCUUAGUUAACAAUUAGCUCAAAAGUCCUAUUACCAUAAUUACGAGUUUACAGGUUGGAAUCACGUAAUUACGACAUGGUGUGAAAGCAUCUUUAUGCUGUUUUAAAGAUCUAAACUGUUACACUAAUUAAUGUCAUUAAUUUUAAUGUAUAAUUUUUCUACCUCCUUUAUAAAAAAGAUAUUAUGUUCAGUAUAUUUACCAAGAAAAUAGCACUUUCAAAUGCUGCAUGUUAAAACAUUAAGUAGGCCUACUGUUUUUGAUCAUGACUGCAUAAAUGCCUUGAAGGAUUUAAAACAUUCAUUAUGUUGCAUCAUCCUAGAAUAAACAAAAUACAAUGUUGCCAAUA